UACCGCUCGCACAAAAUGGUUUUUAAAUUUUAAUUUCCCCUUGCGAUUUUUUAGGCUGUUUCUAACAUAAUUUUUGUGAGAACAUAAGCAGCGAGUAAAGGAUUCUUGAUGUUAAGUGACGGUAGCCAUUCCAAUUCGAGCAAUUUCUUGUAGCUGUGCCUCGCUUCUGGCUCUGGCUCCGCACAGAUCCCAUCGCAUACGCGACUUUCAAAAAGGAUGGAUCGAGAACAUCGACAUCCGUUCUCAACAACACCAAGCAUAAAGUCUGUAUGCAUUACGGUUAUUCUGAUCUGCCUGAUCGUGUCGCUAAUAUUGUCCUGGCUGCCCGUUGUUGGUGCUGCGUCCCGCUCAGACAAUGCCAAAUCACACCACACCAAUAACUGGGCUGUUAUUGUUUGCACAUCGCGUUUCUGGUUUAAUUAUCGACACGUUGCGAAUGCUUUAUCCAUGUAUCGGAGUGUUAAGCGCCUUGGCAUACCUGACAGUCAGAUCAUUUUGAUGUUGGCCGAUGAUAUGCCAUGCAAUGCGCGAAACCCUCGCCCAGGUGCGGUAUUCAAUAACGCUCAUCGCCACAUUAAUGUUUAUGGUGACGAUGUUGAAGUGGAUUACCGUGGUUAUGAGGUGACUGUAGAGAAUUUCAUUCGACUGCUGACAGGAAGACUGCCACCUGGUACACCUCGCAGCAAGCAGUUAUUGACAGAUGAUGGUAGCAACAUCUUCAUUUAUAUGACCGGUCACGGAGGCGAUGGAUUUUUAAAAUUCCAAGACCAUGAAGAGAUUUCUGAUAUUGAGUUGGCGGAUGCAUUUCAGCAGAUGCAUGAGAAAAAACGUUAUAACCAGAUUCUAUUCAUGAUCGAUACCUGUCAAGCGGUCAGCAUGUACAAAAAACAUUACUCGCCCAAUAUUGUUAGCAUUGCCAGCAGCCAAGUGGGUCAAGAUUCUUAUUCUCAUCACCACGAUACUGCAAUCGGAGUAUACGUGAUUGACCGCUACACGUAUUAUGCAUUGGAAUUUCUGGAACGAGUUACACCUUCGAGUAAAAAAACUCUGUCUGACCUGUUCAAGGUGUGUCCACAAGAAACCUGUAUUUCGACACCGGGUCAUCGAUGGGAUUUAUUGGAAAGGAAACCGGAAGAAAUUCUUGUUACAGAAUUUUUAGCAGGAAGCCGGGAAGUCAAACCAUUGCAAUUCAAGUUGGAUCUGUUAAAUAUCACCAUUGAAUCUCUUCCCGAAGAAAGAUGCCUGUCCUGUGAAAUUCCGAAAAGUGCAAAGUUAUCCCUGACAUUUGUGGAUCCUUUCCAGCAGAGUUGAAAAUAUUAUGAGCGAGCAGCUAUCUGACGAUUCUAACGUUAUUGUCUCCGCGAGGGCAAUGUAUAUUUUUGUACCGUAAGUUUGCGUGUGUUGUAAAUUGUAAUGUAAGCCUUAUAGCCAGUGCCGUUUAUUUCGGAAUCCUGUGAUAUUACUUUUUUUGUUCACAUCUUUGUUGUUUACUUUGCGACUUUAUGUAACAACUUCAAGAAUAAUAAAUAUUAA